UCACUUGCCUAUGGGCGCAGCGUCACCGUCACAUGGGGCAGUGUAUUGGGCCGUAAAGCGCCGCCGCGGUGUGACUAGCGGGUAGUACUGCCCGGACGCUGCAGCUUUUACACAGAGAGGGGGUUACAGAGCAGUUUAUAUUUGCAGAUCUCAUCUUUCUGAGUUCGGAGGGCUCUAAGCUGCAAAGAAAGCUUCACCCACUUGGCCAUGUCUGGUUAUGAGGUCUCUGUUCAGGCUCUAAAUGAUCUGCUAGCAGAAGAAGAUGGCGGUUACUGCUUUCCAUCAGAACAUUUCAACGAGGUGUUUCCCAAAAUUUACGUGGGUGAUGCGGUUAUUGUACAAAAUGUCAUGAGACUGAGGCGUCUACGCAUUACUCACAUUAUUAAUGCUGCUGAAGGGAAUUCUUUCAUGCAUGUAAAUACAAAUGCAGCCUACUACAGUGGGACAGGCAUUGCUUACCUUGGAAUUAAAGCCGACGACACACAGCAUUUUGAUCUCAGUGUUUAUUUUGAAGAAGCCUCUGAUUUUAUCAGCCAAGCUCUUUCUCAAAAAGAUGGUCGUGUGUUUGUACAUUGCCGAGAAGGCUAUAGCCGUUCUCCAACUCUGGUCGUGGCUUACCUUAUGCGGCAUCAAAAGAUGGAUGUAAAAACUGCACUUACUACAGUUCGACAGAAGAGAGAGAUUGGCCCUAAUGAUGGUUUUCUAAAGCAGCUUUGUCAGUAUAAUGAAAAACUAGACAGGGAGCGUAAAGACAAAAAAUAAUUCUACCCUAAAGCUUCGCAAUAUUUUACUGAAAAUAAGUAUUCUGAUAAAGGGAUCAGAUUGUAAGCUCUUACAAGCACGCCCAUUAUAACCCUUUUGUAAAGGUCAAUGGGGCUUAUUUAUCAACACUGUAUGUAAUUUAUGGUGCAUUCAUCCAUAUAUUGUACAGCAUAUAUGUUGGCACUUUAUAAAUGUAUAUCUAUUUAUUCUAUGCCUCCUGCUACCAUUUAAAUGUCUGCACACAGCAUUUACUGGUUUCUAAACAAUGCAAACCAAAACACUAUUUAACCUUUUCACUGCCAGCUGAUGUACUGCAUUAAAUUUGCAUUCAGAGGCA